CAUGUCUGAUGAAGAAGACCUGGUAGCACCACCACCCCCUAGUUUGAAAACGCAUAGCUCCAGAGAUGGCUCUAAUGAAGGUGAUUGGACCUGUGAUGAUUGUGAGAAUGUAAACUUCGCCCGUAGAACUAACUGCAACCGUUGCAAUAAAGGUAGAGUUAAUGCUGUUACUUCAGGCAACAAACGCAAGCUAGGUACUGAAAUUGGCAAGGUUGCUGCUGAGAAAAGCAAGGGGCUCUUCAGUGCUGAUGACUGGCAGUGCAACAAGUGUGGCAAUGUUAAUUGGGCAAGAAGGCAAACAUGCAAUGUCUGUAAUGCUCCUAAAUUUGGAGAAGUUGAGGAGCGAACUGGAUUUGGUGGGGGUUAUAAUGAUCGUGGGGUGGUUGAAUACAAAGAACGAAGUGAAUCAGAUGAUGAUGAAUAUGAUGAAUUUGGAAGGAGGAAGAAGAAACAUUGCCCAAGAAAUGCUAAUGAGAGGAAUGAAAGAGAACAAAGUAGAAGUAGAGGAAAGGAAACUGUGGUGGAAGAAGAGGAAGAGGAGGAGGAGGAAGAUGAUGAUGAGGAUGGAGACCUUUCUAAGUAUGAUCUCUCAGAUUGGGGCGAUGUAGGUGACUCUGCUGAUAAGAGUAAUAAAUCUGAUGAUGGUAAAUAGUGUGGAUACAGACAUCUUUAUCUCAUUGAAUAUUUUAUUCCAUGGUUUCUUGGUGGGCAUGUUAGGACAUAGAUAAUUGUAAAUGUAAUUCUCAUUCAUCAAGAAUGUUGGAAGUAUUUCAGGGAAUUUGAAAAAGAUGUUCAAUACAUUUAUCAGCCCUUGUUAUAUUUUAGAAUAAUCAUUUUAUCUAGGUAUGUACUUUCUUCAAGUUUUAGAGCUUAUACAAAAAUCUAUGUAAGGUAUCCAUAGUAGGCCUAGAUACUAGAUUAGAAGGCUUGUUGAUUUAUGCUCUUAUGCUUGAGUUCCAUUCUGCUUUUAGUUAUAGUUUAUAGAAAUUGAGACAGUUUAUAGAUAUAAACUCUACCAGGGAUAAGUACUUGUUUUUAAAAUUCCACAGAUAUAUAAAUCACAUAAUUAUACUGUCUAAAACACAUACCUAUAUACAUUAAUGCAUUUUACACUCCUGGUACUUCAAAAAUGCACCCCAGAUAGAGGUUGUAUUUUGAUUGACUUUGUGUAUUGUAUCAACCAAUGUAAAUGAAUUAUUAUCUUCAAACAGCAUUGCACAUUUAUUAUUUCCACAUCUAUAAGUAUUUGAUUUCAAAUUCCCCAUAUUCAUCAACCAAACACCAUCAGCCAGGAAAGUAGAUGUUCUCUGUAGAUAUAAUGGAUAGGAUUUUUGUCUUGGUCAGGUCACAGUUUAAGUAUUUCCAAUAUUUGACAGAUAUAAUUCAAUAUACUUAAUGUGGUAUUAGGAGAGUUGGAGAGUAGUAAAUUUCAACAAUGAUGUUUUUUAUUAUUUUUCAUAAAUCUUAUAUUCCCAACCAAGGGGAUAUUUGGACUAUGGGAGAUAGUGAUUUUAUAAUUAGAUAUAAUAUGAACAAUCCACUGUUUGUAUAUUAUAAUAUCCAAAUAUCCACAAAUCAAACUUCUUUCUAUUAUAUAAUUAUCUUAUUCCAGAAAAUCUAUUGUAAAAUAAAAUUCGUCACAGUGUAUAUACUAAUAUCAGGUAAUCAGGUACCUAUACUUACAACCACAAUGUUUUCAAGUUUAUUCAUGAUAUCGGUACUUCUCCAUUAGAAUAAGUUAGGUGAAAGUAUAUACAUUCAAUUGUUUAUAUAUAGCAAGUGAAUGUAUAGCAACUGAUUGUAACAAAUCCUAAUAAGUAGCACUUUCCUGUGCAGCAAAAUUUGCGCAGUUUCGAAAUUUGAUUGAAACAAGAAAUAUAUGCCAUACGAUAUCUCAAUUGAUUGGUUAAUCUUAAUAAUAUUUUGCCCCUACCAAAAGAUAAUAUCUGAUGGACCAUCAAUUAUUACUUGCAAAAUAAUAAAUUUAUAGUUUCUAUAUAUAUAGAAGAUGUUAUUAGGGUUGGUUACCUCUAUACAAUAGUUU